CCCCCCCCCCCUCUCUCUCUCUCUCUCUCUCUCUCUCUGUCUGUGAGAGUAUUUCGAAGAAGGCGAAAUCUAGGGUUUGUGGAACUCUGGUGUUUGGGGAGCCAAAUCCAAGCGAUCUUGAUCCGUAACACGGCGCGUAUUGGAGGAGAACAAACAAGGAGUAAGGAGAAGGAACAGAGCUAUGGAUUCGGUCCCUUCCAAUUCACAUGGGAACCUUGACGAGCAGAUUGCUCAGCUCAUGCAGUGCAAGCCCUUGUCUGAACAAGAGGUAAGGGUUCUGUGUGAAAAGGCCAAGGAGAUAUUUAUGGAGGAGAGCAAUGUGCAACCUGUGAAAAGUCCUGUUACAAUCUGUGGUGAUAUUCAUGGGCAAUUCCAUGAUCUUGCAGAGCUUUUUCGCAUUGGAGGAAAGUGUCCAGAUACAAAUUAUUUGUUCAUGGGAGAUUAUGUUGAUCGUGGCUAUUAUUCAGUUGAAACUGUAACUCUCCUGGUGGCCUUGAAAGUGCGUUACCCACAACGAAUUACUAUUCUUAGAGGAAAUCAUGAAAGCCGUCAGAUUACUCAAGUUUAUGGGUUCUAUGAUGAGUGCCUUCGAAAGUAUGGUAAUGCCAAUGUAUGGAAGAUUUUUACAGAUUUGUUUGACUAUUUUCCACUGACUGCAUUGGUUGAAUCUGAGAUAUUUUGCCUGCAUGGUGGACUGUCACCAUCCAUUGAAACACUUGAUAACAUACGUAAUUUUGAUCGUGUACAAGAGGUUCCUCAUGAGGGUCCUAUGUGUGACCUUUUAUGGUCCGACCCAGAUGAUCGCUGUGGUUGGGGUAUCUCUCCUAGGGGUGCUGGAUAUACAUUUGGCCAGGACAUAUCUGAGCAGUUUAACCAUACCAACAACUUGAAGCUGAUUGCAAGAGCCCACCAGCUGGUUAUGGAAGGAUAUAAUUGGGGUCAUGAACAAAAAGUGGUCACCAUAUUUAGUGCACCCAAUUAUUGCUAUCGAUGUGGAAACAUGGCAUCUAUCCUGGAAGUUGACGACUGCAAAGGCCAUACAUUCAUUCAGUUUGAGCCAGCUCCAAGGAGGGGAGAGCCAGAUGUUACCCGGAGAACACCUGAUUACUUCUUAUGAUGCGAAUGGUCGAGUAGUUACUGAAAUCCCAGUGGCUAGGGUCGGCCCAACUUUAUUUGUGGCCAUAGGCGAGAGAAAAGAAAAGGGGGGCUUUUUAAUUAAAUUGUAUUUUUAUAUAAAUAAUAUUAAUUAAUGUAUGUUUACAAUAUAUUUUAUUUAAA